UAGAUUCUGCAGAUAAUAUGCUUUAUAUGUUUUUGGUUUUUUGGUAGCUUACAGCCUUUCACCAUUCAUGUUCCUUCUUGGGAUGGGUGGGUGCUGCUUGUUCCUUGCCCUUUAUUAUUUUUCCAAUCAUCCAAGGAAAAGGAAGGAAGGUGUACCAUGUUUUUCUUAUGCAAAUUAACUUGUUAUGUUGCUACUUAUGUUGGAAUUCUUCAGUGUGGAAACAGGCAAUGGAAGUUCUGCUAGAAAGAAGGCCCUCAUUGUAAAUCUUAUAUGUUCUUGUAGAGAAAAAGAAGUGAAGUUUCUUAUUCGAACACUGGUUCGUAAUUUGCGAAUUGGGGCCAUGAUGAGAACUAUUUUGCCAGCAUUAGCACAAGCUGUUGUACUAAACUCAUUCUCCAGUCCUCUUGGUGAAGGAACACUUGGAAACCUAAAGGGGAAACUUCAGGUUUGAUGCAUAUAGCUUCAGUAUUUUUUUUUUUUUUUUGAGAAAAAUUUAACCAGGAUUCAUUAAAGGAAGAAGAGGUACAUGAGAAGAUGUACAAAGCAGGGGAAGAACCCCUACAAAUUACAAAGGAGGAAGCUUGUCGCUAUACAAAUGCUCCAAAUACACACCACAUUUGGCUAAGCCAUCUGCUGUAUGAUUGUGUCCCCUAGGAAUCCAAACUAAUUUUACAAGGGGUAAGCAUCUCUAUUGAGAUCAUUGACUGAGAGUCCUUUGAACAGAUUGUCAAAGAGGCAUUUGUUUCUUUCAUCCCAAACUCCCCACAAGACUGCAUGUAGCACUGAUUGUCAAUAAACUUUAUCCCUUUUACUUAAACCUGUUCCUUGCCAUUGAUGCAAAAAGUCCAUAAUGUGCUCUGAUAUAACCCAGUUGUGACCAGCCAUUUUAAAGAAAUGGAAACAAAUCUUUUGGGUGAACUUGCAGUGAAGAAAAAUGUGAUCUGCUGAUUCACCUUCACUGAAGCA